AUGAGUAAAGUACCACCAGAAACUGCAAUUCCAGAAAAUCUCCAUUUGAAUCCACCUAAAAACGACACAUUUACUGUUGAACAGCUAUCGGAGUAUAAUGGGGAAACUGCUAAUAAACCGGUAUAUGUUGCUAUCAAGGGAACUAUAUUCGAUGUCAGCUCGAAACGUGAUUCUUAUGGUCCUGGAGGCAGUUAUCAUAUUUUCGCAGGAAAAGAUGCAUCUAAGGCUCUAGGUACAACUUCAUUAAAGCCUGAAGAUGCCGUAGCUGAUAUUAGCACAUUAAAUGACGAACAGCUCAAAGUCUUGGAUCAAUGGUUUGAUUUUUUCGAGAAACGAUAUAAUAUCGUCGGACGAGUAGUCUAA